AAAUAGCGGGACCGAGUCGCGUGCAUCGACCGAAUUUUGUCAGAGGGUGACCUGCAUCGGUAAUUAGAUUUGAGGGAGGGGCCGAGUCAUCGUCAUCGUAACUUCAUAUUCGGAUUGAGAACAAAGACCAGAAUAGACAAUCUUCCGCCCUUUACAGUCAGAGUCAAAUUUUUCGUAGGAGUUUGGACCAUGUAUUCCAUAAGUGAUGAAGAGUUGGAUCAUGUCUACCGCUUCGCUCUUGAUCUUGCCAAUGGCGCUGGCGAAAUGCUUCAGAAAUCAGUACGCGGUAGAAUGCAGUCCAAUUCUUUGACGAAUUUGCAACAAGAGGAAAAAGAAAGCGCCGUAGAUCUGGUUACAAAAGCAGAUGAAGAUGUAGAAGCAUUCAUCAAACGAAGCAUUCAAGAGAAAUUUCCAAGUCAUCAUUUCAUCGGUGAAGAAACCUACUCGAAGGGAGCCUCCCGACAAUACCUGAUCGGGGAUGAACCGACAUGGUGUGUUGAUCCCUUAGAUGGGACGGUUAACUUCAUCCAUCUCUUUCCAAUGUACUGUGUCUCCAUCGGUUUCGUGGUGAAUGGCAAACCGGUAGUUGGAGUGAUCAAUGCACCCUUCUUGAAACAAACCUUCUCUGCCUGCAAAGGACGCGGUGCUUGGCUCAAUGAAAAACAGAAGUUGCCUCUCAUUCGAAAUCCGAUCCCUCCAAUCCCUCCGAAUGCGCCAAGUGGGUGUAUUUUCUCUUGCGAAUGGGGUAAGGAUCGAAGAGAUCAUCCGGAUAGUAACAUGCAUCGGAAGAUCGAGGUAUUUCUCAACAUGGCAGCAGAGAUUGGUGGAAGAGGGGGUAAAGGGGGUAUGGCCCAUGGAAUAAGAAGUCUGGGGAGUGCCACCAUGGACAUUGCCUACACAGCAAUGGGAGCAUUUGAUAUCUGGUGGGAAGGGGGAUGUUGGGAAUGGGACGUUUGCGCGGGUAUUUGUAUUUUGGAAGAAGCAGGUGGACUUAUUACGACUUCAAAUCCUCCCAAUGAUUUCGAGACCGCACCGAUCGAACCCGUCAAGCUUGGAAGUCGCCUAUAUCUGGGCAUUCGACCUGCCGGACCUUCAAGUAUUGAAACUUCCAGGGAAGGACAAGAACGAGCAAUCCGUGAAACCUGGAGACGGGUUAGAGGUCUUGAUUACUUGAGACCUGGGGUAUAGAUUCUCUACCUUUGCAAUGACUAGCUCUGAAAGUGGAACGACCUUCACGAAUAGUCACACUCCGACCCAAGACAUCAGAAACCAAACACGCAUUGAAACGUCUCGAUGAGCGGUGAUAUUGCCAUACGGGGCAGCGGUUUUGGGCAGCACAACCAUCGUAUGCAAGCAAUGCCUCCAUUCGAUGCGAGCGGUUCUAGUACUCCUCUAGACUACUUGGGUUUGACAAGGGCUUCCCUAGCGGACACUGCGAUCAUGGGAAAGGGGAGUACAUGAGUCCCAAUAACAGACCGCUGGUGCGACAUCUAGAUGCAGCACUGGUCGACAACGAAUCUAUGUGGCGCCACACACUGCUGAUGCCUGGUGAAAUUCAUUGCUUAUCCCAAUCCUAGUUGAUGACCA